AUGGGCUUACCCCGUCAUUCUACUAAACCUCCCCCCAACUCGACGAGCCAAGAUAGCUUUCCGCUAGCCAUGUACAAGUCUGCUCUAUCGGCGUCGUUCCUGCAAGCUGCCACGUUUCGGCAAAAUCUGUGGCCACCUUGCAUACACAGCGACAUUGAAGACUGCUCGUCCACCACUCUGCUGGCAAGAGCUGAGCUUAAGAGUUUUGCCAUGCUGGACAGCCUGGUGACGUUUGUACAGCUGUAG